AUGCCAGCCGCGCCAAAUUCACAGCGGAAUGCGGAGCUUGUGAAGAGCACAUGGGCAACCCCCUCGCGGCUCCCGCCGUCAGGUCAGCGCCCACAGCGCAGAGCGAUAGCGGCGGCACCAUCCGCCGCCAGCAGUGAGUUCCCCUACAUCGCCCCACAGCCGUUCGACGCGUACGUAGUACUGGACUUCGAGGCUACGUGCGAGGCGGACAGGCGCAUCUCCGACGCGGAGGUGAUCGAGUUUCCAAUGGUCCUGAUCGACGCUCGCACCGCUACACCGGUCGCGGAGUUUCAGCGAUAUGUGCGGCCAGUGAAGAAUCCCGUGCUCUCGCGCUUCUGCACCGAGCUGACAGGCAUCACACAGGACAUGGUGAGUCGUUGUGACCCGUUCCCUGUGGUGUACUGCGAGGCACUGCAGUUUCUUGCCGAGGCCGGACUCGGCGAUGCGCCGCCCAUGCGCAGCUACUGCGUCGUCACAUGCGGCGACUGGGACCUGAAGACGAUGCUGCCGGCGCAGAUGCGUGUUAGUGGACAACAAGGGACUCCACUGUCGUUUCAGCGGUGGUGCAACCUGAAGAAGCGCAUGUCGCAGCUGGGCUUCGGCAACGGGAGCGGGUGCGGCGGCGGCGCCGCGCCGCCACUUGGACCGUCUGGGAUGCCUGACAUGUUGCAGAUGCUCGGCCUCCCGCUGCAGGGGCGUCAGCAUAGUGGCAUUGACGACUGCCGCAACCUUGCCGCGGCUCUGUGCACACUUCUGAGGCGCGGCCUCGUCAUUGACGUCACUUUUUCCACUGCCCCCUUUCGGCGCUGGCACGCGCCGACGGAGGCGCAGCUUCCUGCCUUGGACGCACUGCCGAGCACGUUGGCCGACGGCGCGGCGCAGCACUCAAGAGAUGUGCCUCCACCGCCGCGGUCGCAUGCUCGGACAGAGGGUGACGCACGACAACCGAAGCAGCAGCAGCAGCAGCCACCGGCGCCAGCGGAGAAGGGGCGUUCGGCAUAUCGACGCGCAUCCUCAGUCGACUUCAUUUUGCCAACCCUUGUACUUGACACACAUCGCGAUGCCGUGCAGGAGCUUCUCUCCGACACGAGCCCCGCCGACGCUCCUUCGCGAGUGUUCGACGAAGAGGAACUCAAGACGGUGUCUAAGUUCAUGUCUACCCUACUCCGGCACAAGGCGAUCCAGUGGCGGGUGCCUAUCACCUCCAACGGCUACGUGCUGCUCGACGACAUCCUACGUCAGCCACCGAUGAGGAAGCAGCAAGUCUCAGUGCAGGAUGUCGCCAGGAUCGUGUGCGACUCCGACAAGCAGCGCUACCGGUUAGCGUAUGGUGCGGCAGACGGCCGUCUCUACAUUGCUGCCGUGCAAGGGCACAGCAUCGAUGGUGUUGAGCCGCUGCUGCGAGCGCUGACGAGCGUGGAGGAGGUGCCGGUAGCUGUCCACGGCACCUACUGGGAGGCCUGGAAGGCGAUCCAGCGAUGCGGCUACCUGAGCACCAUGAAUAGGCAGCACAUCCACUUCGCCAAGGGGCUCAUGAACGACGAGCAGGUGGUAAGCGGCAUGCGCGCGAACGUGCAGCUCUUCAUCUACCUGGAUGUCGCGGCAGUGCUCGCGGAUGGCGUGGCACUCUACGAGAGCUCCAACGGCGUCAUUCUCACUCCCGGUAUAGGCCACACACGGCAGCUGCCUCUCAAGUACGUGGCCAAGGUGGUGGACCGAAGCGAUGGCCGCACGAUCUACCCUGCGUGA